UCCUAAAACUGGCCCAAACGAACCAAAUCGAUGAAACUUCAGAAACAGACAAUGCCCGAAGUAUCACCCAAAAUAGAAGCAAACACUUUGCUACCUUUAACAACCAAAAGGGCAUGAGAGGCCACAAUUUGUAACUUUCUCAAGCAACUUCCUUGUUCUCAUGAUCCACUCAUCAUCACUCUACUAUACUUUCAAGACCUAUAUAUAUAUAUAUAUAAACCACUAUCAAACCCAAUUCCAUUACCAUUGUAUUUUGGUAACCAAAGAACAUAGAGAAAAAUCAAAGAGAUUAAAAAAAAAAAAAAAAAAAUGAGGCAUCGAAACAACUCCUCGGCCACCGCCACCGCCCCGACAACGAGCACAGAUGCCGCCGGAAUGGACAACUGGAACUCUCCAAUUCCAUACCUGUUUGGGGGGCUAGCUCUGAUGUUGGGUCUCAUUGCGAUGGCAUUGAUAAUUCUUGCUUGCUCCUACCGUAAACCUUCCUUCAGCUCAGCCACUACUUCCGGUGGUGCUGCCGAUGACGAUCCUGGUCACCGUAAAUCUUCAGCCAAACAAGUUGAUGUGGUUGUGGAUUCAGAGCCUAACACUGUUGUCAUCUUGGCUGGCCAAGCCAACCCAACUCACUUGGCCAACCCUGUCUCUUCCACUCAACAUGUCCAACCAGUUUGAAUAUUCAUCAAAUUAAUUAAUUGAUUACCUCAUGAUCAUAUAACCAAAAAAAUAAAAAAAUAAAAAAAAUUGUUGGUUAUAUCAUUAAAAUAUAUACUAAUUCAUUUCCAUUUAUUUUGUCUUUCUAGAAUGUAAUAGUUUCUUUCUUUAUUAUUUUGUUUUUGAGAUAGCUAGUUUAGGUAGCUAGCCAGACUAUGUUUCUAUUUAUGUUGGAUGUUUGAAGGUUGCGAGAAUAUGUAAACUAUUACGAUGAGCAUAAAUAGAUCUUAUUUUUAGAAACUGCUUGUGUAAUCUUGUUAUGCAGCCUUUCUUUUCUAAUUGUAUUCCUUUAGAUAUUGGAUUUAACCCGAAUUAA